AUGGCAAUCGUUGCGGAUCUCACAAACACCAACUAUAACUACAUUAUUAUUAGAGGAGGCGAAGCCGGCUGUGUGACUGCAAGUCGGCUGGCAGAAGCACUACCAGAUUGCAAGAUUCCUAUGAUAGGGGCUGGACCGAGCGACUUGGAUAACAAGUCGAUCCUUGACUUGCGAAGUAUGGACAACCUUAUGGGCGGUGAAUUCGACUACGGGUUCAAAUCCACGGAGCAGCCCAAUGUAAACAGCAAUAUCUUCCAUUUGCGGGCCAAGGUGCUCAGUGGUUGUUCUAGCCACAAUGACAAGAUUCGCGCAACCGUUAUGCUGAUUUACGACCGUCAUCAAAAGCCUAUCGUUUAUGGCUUCUUGUACGUUAACCACGAAAUAACCUCGGCUAUGAGUAUCUCCAAGAGCGGUGUCUCUCUCUGCUCCUUGACGUAUGACCAGGACACUGGAUACCGAGUCAAUGCAAGCGUUGCUUACAUCUAUCCUAUCUUGAGGGGCGAAGAGAAGCGACUGAAUCUCACAGUACUAACCAACGCCUGGAUUUAUCGCAUCGACGUGAUAGAUGGCUUCACCACUGGUGUGAACGUUACUCUGCAAUUUAAAGAGCUUGAGAACCUUGGCAUCCAGGUCAUCAACGACUUGCUGGGCGUGGGAGAGAACUUGCAGAACCAUCCCGAGGUGAUCAUCACUUGGGAGCUCCACGAGCCUCGCGAGGACAAGACAGUCUUGUGGGCCGACGUCGCUCUCCUUGCCUGCCGAGAGCCUCCCAAUAUCCAAGGGGGCGAUGGUACUGCUCCUGAUGCACUGAUGCAUAUCUACACCAUACCAUUCGACGUCCACCAGGCAGCUCUGGGCUAUGCAUCGCCUAAAACUGUAAUUUCUUUGACACCCCAUUCUGCCGAUCCCGGAGAGCAUCCUGCCAUUAAUUUCCGCUAUUUCACUGACCCCGAUGGCUAUGAUGAGAAGACUAUUCACCUAUUGAGCAAAUGGAUCAAACGUGGGGUAGCCCCUGGGUCUGGGUGCCAGACUGAUCAGGAGCUGUCCGAGUACCGCCGAAAGACACCAAUACGGCUACGGAUUGCCGAUGCCAGCGUGUUUCCUCUAAUCCCUAUAAUCAACCUCAUACUCACUGUUCUGGCCGUGGGGCAGCGCACGUCUGAGAUCAUUAUUGCAAACGCUAACAAAAACCUCACGGCCAACCUGUAG